CGCACAAAUACGCAUACACACACACCACAAUUAUAUGUGGUAUUUUAUGCAGAGACACAUUUUAUAAAAAAUGUCCAUGAAAAAACCCAAUGACUUGCCAUUGCGUAGAGUGACAAGAUCGAUGGUGAAUAAGAAUGUCACAAAGCAAAAGAGUAAUCUCAAAGAUCUAUUAAAGUUGACCAAAGCACAAGAAAGUCUAAUGUCAGCAUGCUCAGAGAAUGAUGUAUCUACUGUGGUGGCAUUACUAGAAAAACACAAACCUUAUCUAGAUCCAGAUCGAAUUCGUGACUCUAAAUUGAGAACACCUCUUCUCAUUGCCAGUGCAAAGGGAAAUACAGAGAUCGUCAGGGUGCUCAUACAAUGGGGCGCAGAUGUGAAUAAUCCAAUGGGAGAUAUUGUGGGCAAUAGACCACUUCAUUUAGCUGUUGCUUCUAAUAAUGUUGAUACCGUGCUUGCUCUAUUAGAAGCUGACAAAACCAGAUGAGUCUAGAGUGAUCAAUUCUGAUGAUGGACUACCGUCUCUUGUACGAAAUCAAUUGAGAGCACCAUUAGAACUUGCAACAUCCCGAUUAAACCUGUUGAUGAAACAAGCAAAUACAAGGAAUAGAACUCAAUCAUUAAGUCAAGUGACUAAAAUCAUACGCCUGUUAAAACAUUAUUCUACAGGGAAAGAGAGCGAUGAAUUGGACGAAUUGACCAAGAGGAUAUCAAAUAUUCAGAUUCAACAAGAACAAAAUGAGGAUGAGG